UGUGCAGAGAAAAAGAGAAUAAAUUUUUCCUUUUUUUGGUUUUUUUUUGUAAUUUUUCGAAAUUUUUUUUCUAUUUCUUAAAGAAAUGUCUGAAGAUUCCAAUAUUUUAACUAAAAAUGAUUCUCCUCCGGCACAAGAAAUUGAUCCAAUAAAUAAAUAUACAGCAUUGUUUGUUAGGGGAGCUAUUGUUGGGACAGGAAUUGUUGGAUUGGCUAUUUUUUUGAGAAGCUCUCGAUGGGUGGGUAGAUUUUUUGAAAGAAUUUUUUUUCAUUUCCAGUUUGCAACUUAUCAUCAAGUAAAACAAAUUCCUCCCGAUUUUUAUCGUCUCGGAAUUCAAAUGAAAGGAAUUGUGAGGGAAUUGGAUAAAAAUGGAAAAAUUAGAGUAGAGCAUUUACCUGCUUAUAAAUUACCCAAAAUUCUGAGAUUUGGACGGUCUUCUAAAGCUAAGGAUUUUCUCAAUCUUCGACUUGCUGGUUUGGACAUUUCUCCUGUUGGUAUUGACUAUUUAACCAAAGAUUUGAGGAUAGAAGGACGCCCAGUUGUUUUUAGCGUGGUUAAUAUUGUUGAAAAACAACCAGAUAUUGCAAAUGCCGAUUUGACUAUUAAAAAGCCUCUUCGUAAAAUAAAUUUAAAUGUUGAAUUAAUUCGCAAAGGAUAUGCACGUAUUUUUGGUUUAGAUAAUCAUGAACAUGUCCAAACAUUACAAUUUAAUUCAAACUAUUCGAGGCUAAUUACUCGACUUUUGACUUGCGAAAAGGUUGCUGAAAGACGCGGUUUGGGACUUUGGGAACGGACUACUUGGGUAGAAAGUUUUGCUGCUUACCCAGCAACUUUGUUUCAAAUAAUUAAACAAUCUGCUGUCGUUAAACUUUGUUUCCUCGCAUAUUGGCUAAUUUAUGACAUUUUUCUCAAAUUAUCAGCUCUUUCAAAACAAAUUUUUUAUAUUGCCAAAACUCUUGGAAUUUAUUCAAUGGAAGGUUAUCAACGUUUUACUCGUCUAGUUGAUCGUUUAAUUAAUUGGUAUUCUAAUUUGAAAGGUGGAAGAAGGGCAAAAAGAAUUGAAUAA